UUUGGAGAUCUCUUCCCCUGCCGGCGGGGGCGGGGACGGACGGACGAGGGGUGUCUCAGGAGUUAGGGGCCUCCCCCACCCCGGUCAGGGGCUGAACAGCCGCCCUCCCCGGGGGGGGUCUCUCCGCGCGGGCUAUGCCCCAGCGCUGGGGCGGGGCGCGUUCUCCCAGCUCCCCCCACCGGGCCUGGGCAGGGAGCUUCGGGCCCGGCACAGACUCAGCCUGGCACGCGGCCGCUUUUCCAAGAAGCUUGAGCCGCGCGCGCUGCCGUCCGGGCCCCGCCAGCCGAGCCCAGGAGGUGAGGGCGGCGCGCCCCGGCUCCGUCGGUCCCGGGCACUCCCGCAGCGGGUCGGAGCAGGCCGGCUUCCUCGCCUGCACCCUGCCAUGUCCGCCCUCGCCAAGGCCUCCGGCGCCCUCAAGUGUUUGUUUCAGAAUGAUGAUGUCUAAUAAUCACAUGAUGUGGAAGUUUGGUCUCUGCAGCUCAGAUCCCACCCAAGCUUCUCCACCAGUUCUGAACCUGCAGCAGGAGCAUUACAAUUCAAAAGAAAGGCAGAAACUCAGAAAACAAGAGGACACGUUUCACAGAGUGGAAAUAGCUAGAAUACUGUAGUUUCUGAAAAUAUUGACCUAUGUUUAAUAUUAAACAUUAAGCUUUUUCAGUAUAUGGUUAUACUUGUAAAACAGCUGAAAGAGGAAAUGGCUGAAGGACUUAGAGGAUAACAUAUGUCUUGAAUUUAGUGACAUCAUUCAUUCUACCCAGUCAGCUCUGGUCUAUCCCAGGUACUCUGGGCUCCUGUGCUGAGUUGCCACUCCAUCAGAUAUAUCGUCCAUUGCUUUGUGCUAAGUUAUUGUUAACUUGGAAGUGCGAAUCUAUGUCUGUGUGUGAUUGAAAGUCAUGACAUCCUCCCUUGCCUGCUUUAUAUUGAGUAUUGAGUAUUGAGUGUUUUGUGUGAGGAAACGACGAGUCUAUGCCUCUCUUAUAUUUUGAUGCUUUAUCUGCAGGCCAAAUAUAACCAAAUAGACAAUUUAAAAAUUCUCUUUGUUACAGUUUAACAGAUGCGACUGAAGACAGUAGAACACUGAAAUUGUGCUGAUAGUGUCUAAACAGGAACAGUUCUCCAGUGAACUAAUCAAUAAUGACUGUUCAUUCAUAGCAGCCUAGGCCAGCCCAGUUAAGUGUAUAUGAAGUAUACUAAAAUGUAGUCCCCAGAGGCUAAUAGCCAAAUCUGAGUGCAGUAUAUGCAACUGGAUAAAGAUAUAUAAAGAGAGAGCCUCUAUGCAUACUCUGGUAUAUUAGUGUAUUAUUGAGCCACAUGUAAAACAGAGUGGAAAAUUUUCAGCUAUAUCUUUGAAAACUGCAUUAAAGUUUACAAUUGUGGUGAGUCUGACUAUACUCUGCAGUGCAGCAUGUAAACAUGAAAUGCAUGCUUGCACACAGAUUGUUUCUCCUCGAUUGAUUUAGAAAAGAUGUAGAUAGUUAAAAUACCUGUGAUAUCUAUAUUUAUACAACUGGUGUCUGAGAAGUAGAAGAACAUGUGUUGGUGAAUAUUGAUUGACUUAUUCCACCCAAAGAAGAAAGAGUAAUUCUUAGCUGGAUUUCAGAGAAGUGGACUUCCUAUUCUGUGCAGUUUUGUGGUUUUAAAACAUGUAUAUUUAAAGAUACACAUAUGUUACUUAAGUUUGAGAGAGACAGAUAAUACAGAAUGGCAAAACUUAAAAAAUAGUGGAGAUAAACUGAAGUGGCUGAAGCCAGCUCAGGAAGUGAAUAAGUGACAAACAGUCAGCAUAAAUUCACAAUAAUAAUGUAUUGCAAAAAGAGUCAUAUUAACAACCUGAACAAUUAACUGGACUUCAAUUUUUAUUGCUACCACAGUUCCCUCUUCUUCAAGUGUUUUGUUCUUCGUUUACUUCUCAAGGCAAGUUGCUAAUUAUUUUGACAGUUUGCUUGAAGAUGGGAUGUCAUAGCUCCUUAAGGAAGUCUAACAAAUUCAGAAGUGCUUUAACAAAAGAUGAAGUUCUUACAGGCUUUUGUUUUUUGUUGCCAGUGUUAUUUCUUCAAAAUGGCAGCUAUAGGGUGAUGUGGAAGACCCUUGACCUCUGCACAAGAUGAUAACAUAUGUUGAAAAUUCUUAAAAUGGAGAGUGUAGAUUUUUUGUCUUCUCCCCCAAAUGGAACCAUCAAUAGGUUCUGACAUAGCAUGAGAAAACUAUCCCAAAGAAGCUAUACUGCUACUUGCCUUAUUGCCUGCGGUGUAACUUGGAAGUGGCGUCAAGGGAUGAUGUUAUGAUAAACACUGAUAAGCACAAGGGGGAUAAGUCUCACUUUUUUGUUGAAAAAUUGUCUGCUUCUGCUGCAAGUCCAGAACCGGCAGGAAAAUCCUGAUGUUUGGGUAGGUGCAUUAAUAUCUACAGAUACUUUUUAGGAAGAGUUGUCUUUAAGAAAGUUGUGGAAAUGAAACUGGGGCUUUAAGACUACUCAUGCACAAUGUGUGUGUGUCAUAACUGCUGGUGCUGAAUAUACUAUGUGUAUUUUUUGUUUUAUUUUCCA